AUGGCCACCAAGCGAAAGCUCGACACGGCCACCCCCGAGCCCGAAGAGCCCAUCGAUCCCUCUGAUGAACUGUUGUUUCUGUGCUUGGGUGGUGGAAACGAGGUCGGCCGUUCAUGCCAUAUAAUACAAUACAAGGGAAAAACGGUCAUGCUCGACGCCGGUGCCCAUCCUGCGUACGAUGGCCUGGCCUCUCUACCCUUCUACGACGAGUUCGACCUGAGCACCGUCGACAUUCUCCUCAUCACUCAGCAGCUCCCCCCGCACUUUCAUCUAGACCAUGCCGCCUCUCUACCCUAUGUCAUGGCAAAGACCAACUUCAAAGGGCGUGUCUUCAUGACCCACCCAACCAAAGCCAUCUACAAGUGGCUAAUGCAGGAUUCAGUCCGUGUACAGUGUGUUUAUCUUACUACUCAGUGUCUUUAUGACAGGCUAAAGAUUCAUCAGGNNAACACCCAUGCAACUGCCGAACAGCCAACACAACUCUACACUGAAGCCGAUGUUCUAUCGACCCUUCCAAUGAUCCAGACCAUUGCCUUCCACACCACACACACCCAUGCAGGUAUCCGCAUAACUCCUUACCCAGCUGGCCACGUCCUCGGUGCAGCCAUGUAUGUGAUCGAGAUCGCUGGUCUCAACAUCUUGUUUACUGGAGACUACUCAAGAGAACAUGACCGUCAUCUAAUUCCCGCUUCGGCUCCGAAGGGUGUCAAGGUGGACGUCUUGAUCACCGAGUCCACUUUUGGCGUUGCAUCCCAUAUCCCGCGACUGGAACGUGAGACUGCUCUGAUGAAAAGCUUGACCGGUGUUCUGAAUCGCGGAGGACGUGUCCUCAUGCCUGUCUUCGCCAUCGGCCGUGCGCAGGAACUUCUUCUGAUUCUUGAAGACUACUGGAAUCGCCACCCCGAGUACAGAAAGUAUCCCAUCUACUACGCUAGUAACCUCGCAAAGAAGUGCAUGCUUGUCUACCAAACCUACAUUGAUGCCAUGAACGACAACAUCAAGUCAAUGUUCCAAAACAGGCUUGCCCAAGCAGCUGAUGGUAGCGAUGGUGAAGCUGGUGCUGGAGGCCCCUGGGAUUUCCGCUGGAUCCGCAAUCUAAAGUCUCUCGACAGAUUCGACGAUGUUGGCGGAUGUGUCAUGCUUGCAUCUCCUGGUAUGCUCCAAAAUGGCGUGUCUCGAGCUCUUCUCGAACGUUGGGCGCCCGAUCAGAAGAACGGUGUCAUUGUCACUGGUUACAGCGUCGAAGGCACCAUGGCGAAGAUGAUUCUUACUGAGCCCGAAAGCAUUCAAGCCGUUAUGACCGGCAGAGUGGGUGGUAGAGUGCAAGGUGUAGGUAGUCGAGGAAAGUCGGGUGCCGAGGGAGAAAAAGUCAUGAUUCCCCGAAGGUGUACAGUUCAAGAAUAUUCAUUUGCGGCACACGUCGACGGCACCGAGAAUCGCGAGUUUAUCGAGGAAGUCGCAGCUCCUGUGGUGAUUUUGGUUCACGGCGAGAAGACAAACAUGAUGAGACUCAAGUCCAAGCUGUUGUCUCUGAAUGCAAACAAGACAACACCCGUCAAGGUCUUCUCCCCUGCAAAUUGCGAAGAACUUCGCAUUCCUUUCAGGCAGGACAAGAUUGCCAAAGUGGUUGGUCGACUUGCAAACCAAAUCCAGAUAUCAGCAGCCCCACCUUCACCUCCCACUUCUGACGACGAUGAUACAAGAGAUGACAAGAAGUUCAAGACUGCGAACGGGGACCAGGUAGUCUCUGGUGUCUUGGUGCAAAAUGAUUUCAAACUUAGCUUGAUGGCGCCCGAGGACCUGAAGGAAUAUGCUGGACUGACAACCACAACAAUUUUAUGCCGUCAAAGACUGACACUUGCAGCCGCGGGCCUUGAUUUGAUCAAAUGGGCCCUCGAAGGCACUUUUGGAGCCAUCAAAACAAUUUCCUCGCCUUCCGAAGGGGUCAAGGCAGAGGCUAAUGGAAACGGUGCCAAUGUUGAAGACGCCGACGAGGAGCUCGAAAGACAACAGGAGACCGUGUUCGAGGUUAUGGGUUCAGUCAGGGUCAAGUUGGUUGAUCGUGGCGAAGUCGAAGUUGAAUGGGAAGGCAACAUUGCCAAUGAUGGAAUAGCAGAUGCUGUUCUUGCCGUCCUCUUCACCGUUGAAAGCAGUCCUGCGGCUGUGAAGCAAUCGUCGAAUCCGCACUCACACGACCACCACGAAAACAAGCGCAAUCUCCAUGCACACAUCAGCCCAUCAGAAAGACUCUCGCGCCUAUGCAUGUUUCUCGAAGCCCAGUUUGGCGAGGAUGCCAUCACUCCGAUCUCGAGACCCAAACUAAACAUCUCCGAAGUUGAUGACACUAUUGCUUCUGACGAUCCUAUAGCAGCAGAGAAAGCCAGGGCUCAGCUGGAGAUGGUAGAGCUUGAACGUCUUCACAGAGCAGGCAUUCCCGUGCCAGGAUUGGAGAUCAAGGUGGACAAGAUUGUAGCCAAGGUUUGGCUCGAGACGCUUGAAGUAGAAUGUGGCAUGCGAAGCAUGGCUGAUAGGAUCCGUGCCGUGGUAGAACGGGCUGUUGAGGUUGUUGCUCCACUAUGGGAGUAG